GCGAACUUCGACGUUCAUAGAUUUAUCACAAUUAAACUAGUACUAAAAAAACAUUCAUUCUGUUCUAUUAAAUGAAAUAUAAAUUACAAAAUUACGCUCGUUUAUUAAACUUUUUUCUAUUAUCUUUCACAUGCUUGAAAGUUCCAUAAAUACACAAAGUUUGCGAUUUAAUAAUAAUUUAAGAUUGUACCGCGUCAGGUUAUGGUACCUUUUUUUUGGCUCUGUGCAACGUCCAAAUGUUUUUAUCAUCUAAACCCGGAACUGGUUCUCCAAUUUCAUAUGGAAAGUCUUUGGUGGGAUCUCUCGAGAAAAAUGACCACAUUUUGGCGGUUUAACUAUUUGUUAAAGUAUAAAUCAGCUCAUCCUUCGACUAAUACCACAUUGUGAUGUCAUUGACAGCUACGCAUCAACAUGUCUUCAACUAAGUUGCUACUUCGCGACGAUACGUUCUCAUGUUGAGUGUGUAUCGACGUUGCGUCAAUUAACUUAAAAUUUCAAUACGUGUGCUGAUUAAUUUAUUUUAUUCUAUUUCUAUGCCAUAGAAUUCUUUUGAUAGUUUUCUUUCAUGUUCAUUCAUGUUUAGUGCUCAUUGUCGCAUUAAUGCUCGUCUUUCAGUAUGAACGAAGUUGGCCCAUCGUUAGUGACAACUUACAAGUUCAAAAAUGGCAACGAGUAUAUUGUCAAGAUAAAAGUUAUUGCUUUUAAAGGGUGCCAGCGAAAUUUGGAACUGACUGUUACUGAUAAAUAUACCGGCGAAAAUUGGCAGUCCUCCUAUGACGCUGCAUAUAUCGAAAAGUUGACGCACAAAACUGGGAAUUAUAAGCAUUUUGAUGUAUUCCUUGCUAUGUUGCAGUCAGGAUUGUUAAAAACUAGUGAAUGUAUUACCUUGGAUCUCCUAACAUUUGAAGAUCUAGAAUUCUUGCGUACACGUAAACUUGAACGUACCUCGAGUUCAAAUUUGGGUAAUGUGACAAACAAUCGUCGGUAUCUUAUUUUAACUUACACAGUAGAGUUCGAUCGAAUUCAUUAUCCAUUACCUUUGGAAUACUGUGGUUUACCUGAUCCAAUAAUAUUGCAAACUACCAUCAGAAGAUUACAAGCUGAAAUCGAAAAGUUACAAUCUGUGGAAAUGCAUAAAAAUUUCCAGAAACGUAUAGAACAACUUACAACUGCAAAUCAAAAACUUAUUCAAGAAAAUCAAAGACUUUCAACUGGAGGAAAAGGUUUAAGACACAUAUUAGGAGCUAUCAAGUCCUUAGAGAAUAGUGUUACAAAAGAACGUAUAUCUUUUCGGACACAAAUUCAAAAACUUAAGGCUGAAAAUGCAGCCCUAUUAUUAAAAGUACAACAACUAACUGCAUCUGCCAGUAGAAAACCUGGAGAUGGUAGUUCUGCAUUAAAACAUAAUAAUCAUUCUUCUAUACGAACAAAUGAUGCAAAUUGUAGACAAAGCAGAAGUCGUUCUUCUUCCAUUUCUAGUCACAUUAAAACUUAUAGGUCUAGUUUAUCACCAGGCAGUUCGGUGGAAUCAUUUAGAAUUCAUAACUCUUCUUCUCGAAACAAAAAAAAGUUUAACAGAGCAAAAAAUUCAAAAAUUGAUUUUGAAAAUUUGGAAUCAAGAAUUCAUACACUGCAAAAAAUGUUAAAGGAAGGAAUAAAUUUAAAUUAA